AUGCUCACUCUCGCAUCGUGGACGGCCAGCAUUGCGCUGGUAUGCAGCGCUGCAAGCGCUUCGCCAGUGGCAAGGCAGGAUGAUAGAUUUACAUACUUUCCUCUGAAGACUCCCCUGGCGCUGCCUUGUGAUCUUACCACCGGACAGGAUGGAAACAUCUAUGCCGAUACAUUCACUUCGAACAAGAUCGUGCAAAUAGAUCGUCCUAGUGGAGAGUUGACCGAGUAUGACAUCCCAUACACCAUUCCAGUCCUCGGUCUCGAUGUCCUUCCAAGUGAUGCGCUAGGCAGAGUUGCUUUGUCUUGUGUUGUCCAGCCUGGAAAGAAUGGAAAAAUCUACGCUGCUGCUGGUGUCAGGAAUGAGUUUGUCAUAUUUGAUCCCUUCACCAAGGACAUGACCGUCCUGGAGACUGGUAACCCACUUGGCAAUUUGGAGCCAUUUAACGAUGCUUGGCCAGGCGAGACAGGAAUGUGGUUCACUCAGACCACCGCCAACGUCAUCAACCUCAUCGACUACAACACGAAUGAGAUCAAGAACUACACCGUGCCGACYCCCCUUGCUGGUCCGCUCGGUAUCAUCGUCGGAUCCGACGGCGGUAUCUGGUUCUGUGAAUUCUUCGCGAACAAGAUCGGUCGUCUCAAUGCCACCGAUGGCACAUUCAAAGAAUACCCACUCCCUCUCGACCUCUUCACUCCCGCCGUAAUGCGUGCCGAGACCGAGGGCCGCUACCUCUGGUUCACAUCUCUCGCCGCCAACGCCAUCGGACGUAUCGACAUGUGCACUGGUGAAACCAAGACCUUUACCGACCCUAGAGUUGGCGCCAUUCCGAUUGAGGAUACAGUCGACAGCCAAGGCAAUAYCUGGUACUCCACCUUGACUCGUAACUCGCUCAACUACCUCACUCCAUCGACCGGUAAAGUCACCAGUAUCAAGCAGCCAGGCACUGGUGUUGAUCUCGUUACGGAAUUGCUCCCGAGCUUGCCACCUGUUUCCAACAUUGCGAUGCAUUACGAGAAGUCGGAUAACAGCAUGUGGUUUACUGAGCAGUUGACCAACCGAGUCGGCCGCUACCAAAUCUGA